AUGAGUAUCAUUUUCCUUUACGUUAAUGUAUUUUUUUUUUUAUGGUUUAUUUUAAUUUAUUUGAAAAGUAAAUUUUGGUAUAUCCAAAAUAAAGUACAAAACCAUGAUGUCGAAAUAGGGGUAGUCUUAGGAUCAGGUGGACACACAUUUGAAAUAUUGGAAAUAUUGAAGAUUAUAAAAAAUAGUAAUAUAAAUUUUCAUUUAUUUUACGCAAGUAAUGAUAAUUUUAGUAAAAUAAAAGCAGAGAAUACGUUGAAAAAUUAUAAAAAGAACUUUUUACCAAUUCCAAGGUGUCGAAAUGUUGGUGAAUCAUAUCUAUUAUCAUUUGUAAAAUUUUUUAUUACAUUUAUUUAUUGUAUAUUUAUAACAUAUAAAAUGAAUAAUAUGAAUUUAAUUAUAGUAAAUGGUCCAGGAACAUGCGUACCUGUUGUUUUUUCAUUACUGUUCAGAAAAUAUAUUUUUUUAAAACAAAUUAAAAUAGUUUACUUAGAGAGUGUUUGCAGAAUAUAUUCCUUAUCCCUUAGUGCCAAACUUCUAUAUUACUUUAGCGAUUUGUUUGUUGUUUUUUCUGAGCACUUACAGAAAAAAUAUAAAAAAGCUAAAUUUUAUGGUUACCUGUUCUAG